AUGUCUCGUUGGCUUUUGAAUUAUACCCCACCGGCUGUUGUUAUCCGUCUCCUUACAACAAACGGUUUGAUUGCAUAUAUGACUUCUUGGGUUCUCUAUCUCUCUGGCGCAUCCUCGGACCCUCGUCUUUUGUUACCUGCAUGGAUUUCAAUCACAACGACUUUGACGUUUAUCUAUCAUGCUACGCAGAAUCGCGCUACCAUCAAGCGUGAAACUGCGGCCUCGCUUCUCGUCGUGUCAGUUGCGAGCUUCGUCAGCAUGUCUUCGCUUCUUUUGCAGCUGCAUCUCACCCGCGAGAACGAGCCUGAGGUGCCGCUUUUCGUUUUGACGCGGAAAAUAUGGGACUUCGCUGUUGCAGUAGUCCAGCGUAUGCGAGUGGCGAGUGACCAGGUCGGAGAGCUGUAG